AUGGUAGAGGAGCGCGUCGCGUGCAAAUGCGCCAGCUGCGACGACAACCUGGGCACCCUCGUCAACCUCUGGACCCAGCUUGGCAAGAAUUAUCUCACCCCACGGACACAUGCCGGUGCCGUGGAUUCCUUUCGAAUAUCGACCCCUGGUGCCAUCCGGCUCGGCGACGCAGGCACCCUCGUGGACGGCUGCGGCCAGGUCAUAUUCCGCAUCACCUCGAUCUCGUUGAAGGUGGCCUCGAACCUUCGGCGCGGGGCCGAACCCAAGAUAGAUCAGGUGCUCAAGCUCAGGAACAACCCACCGUCCACUAACCAGCACGACGACACCUCAUCCGACCAUGGUGCGCCCCCUCCGCUCGCCAAACCCGCCGAGGGCAUGGCUCGGGAACGGCCAGCGCCUGAAAACUUCGACAUCCUCGAGAUACAGGCCGAGCUCGACGCGCAGCGCCAAGACAUCCACCGCAUCGGUUCAACGGGAAUGCAGGUUGUAUCCAAUUUUGAGACGACCAUUGCCCGCGUCGAGGAGCAGAUUCAAAAAGUCAACGAUGCCCUAGGCAACGUCCGUAAAGAUGGCGAUGGCCAGCGCGAGGAGAUCAGGUCCAUCAAAAUCGAAGUCUCGGACGUGCGGUGGAACUGUCAGAACAGCUCCCUCGUAUCCCGCCUGGACCAACAGCUCCAGGCGACGGAAGCUGCCUUGACCGAGCUGCGGCAGGCCAUGGACAUGUCCAAGCUGGAGGUGAAAGAUUUACGCGACCAGUUGGCCGAGGCGCAGCAGGAGUUGCAGGAGGCACAGGGCGAAACAAGGCGUCUCGGGAACGAAGUAGACGAAAUGAAGCAGCUGGCGCACGAAAGCGUUGCCGUGGCGAAGGAGCACGCAUCUGAGGCGUCUAGCCUGAGGCGAGAAGUGAAUCGGCUGGGAGCAGAGUUGGCCAACCAUCGUCCUCCACCUCCGCCGGGGGCAUGCUCCGAAUUCUCCUCCCACGAGUUGGACAUACUCUCCAGUAGCAUAUCCAAGAUUGGCAACCGGGCCAGCCAAAUCGAAUCGCUGCAGAUGGAGUUUGACCUCUUCCGGUCUCGGAUCCAGCGGCUCGAGGCCCGUAGCGGUGCAUCAAGCGCGGUGCCAAGUCGAGCCUAUGCAAGUUUGGACGUCGACGUCAGCCCUCGCAGCUACCAAGACAGCCAGCCAUGCUACGAAGGAAACAUCGGCCAGAAGCGAGCCUCUGCUGGACGAGACAACUGCCGAGAUUUCGAUGCCGUGACUCCCAAACGAGUCGCCUUGACGUCGGAGCAUGGCAACGGCCACCGGGUGAGCCAUGACCGCACCAUGAGUUCGCAUCGUUCAUCUCCACGGAAGAUGCAUGUGGCCGAGUCGUCAAGGCCGAGGCGACAAAGGACGAUGAUGGGUGCCAAGUCGACACCUUAA